GCCAUUAUCACUGUCAAAAUCAAACAAAAAGCACAAAAAAGACCGUUGGCCGUUGGGCAUAUCUCAACCGAUUUCCCUCCGGUUUUGGUCCAUUUAUCUGCGAAUUUUCGUAUCAAACAGGUGGUCAGUCAAACGAAGCACCUUCAAAUUUUCAAUUACCAGUUUCUUUAAUUCAAAUUCGAGUCAUGGAUCCGCAAUUUAGGAUUCACGAGGACCAGGAAAAUCAGCGGCCGAAAUUACACGCCGUGAAGUCGGGUGCCCAAAAGAAAACCGCUUUGGGUCCCUUGAGCUGCAACAACAACGCCGAUAAUGUACAAAAACCCAAGGACAAGAAGCCUUUGGCCCUAUCCAAAACCACAAGCAAUGCCAAUAUCCAAGACAAAGAAAACUGGGGUGGCAAUAAGGAAAACCAACAGAUAAACAAAGACCUAAAAAAUUUCGUUAAUCCAAUCAUACCUGUGGCCCAAUUUGAAGCAUUCAAAGUAUAUGAAGAUGAAGAGAAACUUGCCAGAAUCGAGGAAAAAUUGCGAUCGAAGAGCACAUAUAACGUCUACAAGGGUAACGAAGAACGUUUCUUUUCAAAAACAGAAGUGGCUGAUAUGCAACGCAAAGGAAUUAUUCCGAAGCCACCAUCUCCCGUUCCGAGUCCCAUGAGCGUGGAGAGGAGCUGCUACAGGGCAGUUUGGACCGAUGAAGAGGAUGACCAUGAAUUUUUCAAUAUGGAAGAGUAUGGAGAGGACAUUUAUAAGUACUUAAGGGAGCACGAGCUUAAGAACCGCGCCAAACCAGGAUAUAUUCAGAAACAACCGGAUAUAACCGCCUCAAUGAGGACCAUCUUGGUAGACUGGUUAGUUGAAGUUGCCGAAGAAUAUAAGUUGCACACAGAAACUUUAUAUUUGGCCAUAAAUUACAUCGAUCGGUUUCUCAGCUACAUGUCGGUAAUCAGAUCUAAAUUGCAAUUGGUGGGCACUGCUGCCAUGUUUUUGGCCUCGAAAUAUGAAGAAAUAUACCCACCAGAAAUUGGCGAGUUCGUUUAUAUCACAGACGACACCUACACAAAAAAACAAAUUAUCAGGAUGGAACAGUUGAUUGUCAAAGUUUUGGGUUUUGGCUUGUCUGCACCAACUCCAUUGUCCUUUAUAACUGCUAUAUCUGUCUUGAAUAGUACUGAGGAGAAAGUCAAGAUGUUUGCUAUGUAUUUGUGUGAAUUAUCUAUGUUGGAUGGAGAAGCUUACCUUGGAUUCUUACCCAGCGAAUUGGCGUGCAGCGCAAUUAUAAUUAGUCAAUAUACACUGGACCUGCCAAUCUGGUCGGAAAAAUACGUGUCGAGUACCGGAUACCAAAUGGGAGAACUCGUAAAUUGUAUUCACUUUAUAUACAAUUUGUUUUUGAGGGCUCCAAAACUACCUCAGCAUGCGGUUCAGGACAAAUAUAAAGCGCAAAAGCACCAUCAGGUGUCCCAAAUCUUGCCCAAAUCUUCGACAUUCCCCAAGAUUGAGCCAGUGCCGACGUGAAGGAUCUAUUUUAUUAUUACGUCGAAUGAAAGACUGUUUUAUUCAAAAACUUAAAAAAAAAACGCGUUUUUUAGUGCCUGAUAAAUAGGUUGUAGGCCUAGACAAGUGCCUUUGGCAUCACAUACUCGCACACCUAAAAAUACUUUAAUUUUGGGGUAUAAUUUUAUACAUAUCAGUAAUAUUUCCAAUUAAUAGUUAACAAUCAAAUGUGAAUCUGAGAAUCUCAUUUUGUUUUAAAAGUGCUGAUAUUUAACGCUUGCGGUGGGCCCCCAAAAAAGUGCACCUAUACUACUUUUAUUUUUUUGUUUUAGUCUUUUAAGAAGUGAGUUUGUUUUAAAGGCCAUGUAUGUAUAAGGUGUUUAUUUUUUAUUGUAUGUGUAUAGUGUUUAACUCGAUAUUUUUUACUUUUAGUAUUAUUACCUAUGCAUGCCAGUAUGGCUAUUAACUUUUAUAUAUUUUUACUUAAUAAAGUGCAGAUUACUGUGGUA